AUGCCGUGUCAUAUCCCCUCCACCCACCGCUUUCCUCCAGCAAUGGGAGAGGCUUUGCGGGAUCGCAGAGCAGCCGCCCUGCUGCCCAGGAGCUGCUGCAGCCUCCGGGGAAUCACCAGCAGCCAUGCCGAGCUGGCUGGGUGCAAGAUGACCCUCACACCCACGCCGGCAGCCAGCGUCGCCCAAGCUUUCUUUUGUCUCUUGCUGUGCGUCCCCUGGGGCAGCUCCUGCCCCCCGAGCUGCCAAUGCACAGAGCGAGCAGGGGCAAAGGCUGUCCUCUGCAGCUCUCGGCACUUGGAGGAGAUCCCCAAGGACAUCCCCAAAGACGCAGUGUUCCUCAAGUUAGACGCCAACAGCAUCACCAGGAUCCCUAGCAAUGCCUUCAGGCACCUCUCCCACCUGGAGGAACUUGAUCUCUCCAGGAACGCCAUUGAGAAGAUCGACAGGGCAGCUUUCAAAGGGGUGGCUGCUGGGCUGCGUACCCUCGACCUCUCCAGCAACCGCAUCCGCAGCAUUCCCAAGGAGGCCUUGCUGGCACUUAAUGCGAAGCUCCGGCUGGCCAACAACCCCUGGCACUGUGAGUGUGCCUUGCAGGAGGUGCUGUGGGAGGCACGGCUGGACCCUGACUCCGUCCAGGACAUCACCUGCCACACAGCCCCACGCGAGGAGUAUGUGGGCAAACCACUGCUCCAGGUUCUGGAUGCCGGCGUCAACUUCUGCAGCGUGCGUCAGAGGACCACGGACGUGGCCAUGUUCAUCACCAUGUUCGGCUGGUUCGCCAUGGUCAUCGUCUAUGUGAUCUGCUAUGUCCGGCACAAUCGAGAGGACACCUGCAAGCAUGUUGAUUACCUGAAGUCACUGCCGAGCACCCAGGGCCAUGCAGAGACCACCAGCACUGCCCUGUAGCACAGGAUUGGGGUGCCCUGUUCCCAGCUUCUUUGCAGGGAGCCAGUGGCAACCUGGUGGGCUUCUAAGCUUCUCUAUGGGAUUUUCCAGUGCUUGCUCCAGUCCUGCAAAUGAGUGCCACUGACUUUGCCCCUCCCCAGCAAUGCUGGACUGAGCGUGAGCAAAUGACAUGGGGUAGGGAUGCUGGGGACACCCCAUGCAGACCUGUCAAUGGAGCCCAUGUUCCCAGGGAGGAACACCCCCCCAUGCAGACCCCUUCUCCCCUGCCAGAGUUGGGCUCGCAGGGAAAGCAGCCCCAGCCACAUGCUUGCGAUCCAUGUGGUUUAAAGAGAACAAGCCCAUGGGGCAGAGACAGACUGGGGGAGGGGGCUUUCAUAGGGCCUAGAGGUCCCUGGAGCCUGGGGUGCAGAGGGAUGGGUCACUCUGUGCAGUGGGGUCACCCUGUCCUGGCUCCAGUGAGGGACCGGCCUUGCAGAGAGCAGGACAUCAGCCCCCAGCUCCCGCGCAGCAUCUCAGCAGCCUCUGCCUGCCACCAGCAACCCGGGGGUAAGCUCCCAAACCUUUGAUUUCUCAAUAAAGCCUGCACAUAGGAAAA